AUGCCUCCUCGUCGUCAGCCACGCAACUCGAAUCGUCAAAAUGAUGGAGGACCAAACGAGCCUGAUCUAGCCGUUGUAGCCGCUAUGACUCAGGCUCUUACUGCCGUAUUGCCAACUCUGGUUCAGGCAAUACGUAAUCCGAAUCCAAAUCUGAACCCUAAUCCGAAUCCAAACCCAAAUCCCAAUCCCAACCCCAACCCGAAUCCCAACCCGAAUCCAAACCCAAACCCGAACAAUGCGGGUGGCAAUAUGGGAAUACAAGAUUGGCUAGCUCAUUUCGUGAAGCAUAAACCGAGAUCGUUUACUAAGGCAUCUACACUAGCAGUGGCAAAAGAUUGGAUUUCUCACAUUGAGAAGAUUUUCACUGUACUUAGGGUUGAUGAGCAAUACAGGGCUAGUUUAGCAGCUUAUAAGUUGGAAGAAGAUGCGCAUGUUUGGUGGGAGUCUGUUUUAAGAGAAAGAGGAGGUCCAGCGUUUGUAGAAACUCUAACUUGGAAUGGCUUUUGUGACCUUUUCUUUGAGAAGUACUUUACUGUGGUGGAUAAAGGAGCUUAUCGACGUGAGUAUCAUAAUAUCCGCCAACGGAAUGAUGAAUCACUUACCGACUUCACUGAUCGAUUUUAUAGACUUGUUGGUUUUCUUGGGGAUGCUGCUGGAACACCGGAGGAACAAGCGGAAACAUAUCAAUGGGCUGUGUGUGAUCGGAUUCGUAGGCAAAUAAUUGAUUCCAGGUUUGCUAAUGUUGCGGAAGCUGUAGAUGCUGCAAAGAAAGUAGAGAUGGAGAUGAAAGAAUUCUUGGGAAAUUCUGAUGAUAGCAAGAAAAGGAACAGAGAUGGAAACCGUAUUCCGUCUACUAGUCAUUCUUCGUCUCAAGGACCCAAUCAGUAUGGUAUUGAUCGUAACAAUGCGGGAAAUAGGUCAGCAGGGAAAAAUACUAGACCUUGGCAGGGUAGAAACCAAAAUCAGGGUCAGAUCCAACAAUACCAGCAACCGAUCCAGGCUCAACCACUGAAUCAGAGAGGAAAUCAAAAUCCAACCCAACAUCCAUUGUGUAACCAUUGCAACAAACAUCACCCAGGCAUUUGUCGCCGACUUACUGGAGCUUGUCUUAGUUGUGGGGAGAUGGGGCAUAUGGUCAAACAGUGCCCUUAG